AUGGUCGAGGAUUUCAUUCAGACGCAAGGGGCAAACUGUGGCCUGAAAACCAGUAAAUACUACGAAUGUCUGAGAUGUCAAAAUUACGAGUAUGAUGGGGCGGAAGAAGAUCAUGAGGAUUUUACUGAUGAUACCGGUGAAAGUCAUGAUCAUCCAGAUUACUCCAAAUAUUAUGCAGUCGACAAUUCUGCUCCUUUAACAGCACAGGGCAAAAGUAAUCCCAGAAUCGAAAGUUUCGUGUCCCAGAGCGAAUUCGAUAGUUUUUUUAGCCCGUCACCAAUUGCUUUUGGUGCUUCUGUUAAUCAGCCCACAAAAUCCAAUGUUGUCUCGAAUGUUCCACAAAACGCUCCAGUAAACCCUUUCGACAAUCAGCAACAACCAAAACAAACAUCUAACUUCCAAAAAGAUUAUUUUGAGGAUUCGCAACGGCAGCAAGCUGCUGAUGAAAAAGUCGAACGUGAUGAGGAUUCCCCAAAAUACAUCUCUCACAACUUGCCCCCAAAACUAGUAUUCGAAGAUGAAGCUGAAAAGUCUGACGAUGAAGUGGAAGAAAUAGAGCCAAGAAAUAACCAAAAGAAAAACUAUGAAUCCGAGGAAGAACAAUCCGAAGACGUAGAAUCCAAAUACGAGGAACCCGUUGUCCAUGGAAAACAAGUAAAUUACAACACAGGAAAAUCCAGCUCUUCAGUGUCCCAGUAUCCAUCAGCUAGAGGAUUUUAUGAAAAUGUUGAAUCUCCGACCACAUUGUCACCUUAUCAAAAAUAUAGUUUCCAAGGCACGACCAAGAAGCCUAAAUAUUUAGGAUCUUUAAUCAGCACUGCAGCUCCGUUCAAUCCUGCCUACAACAAGUAUGCAUCAGGAACCAGCGCUGUACCCCUAUACGAAGCACAAUCUACAGAACAUGCCGAAAAGAUCAAUGGAUGUAAGAAACUCAAGAAACACGUCUCCCAUGAUGAUGCGAUGAACUGUUAUGUCUGUGAAGAUCCUAGUAAUAAAUCUAAAUACACACAGUGCUCAUAUUCUUCAGAACCCAAACCAUUGAAUUACUACCAAGGAAAAUCAGAAAGAUAUUCUACACCUGCAGUUGAAGGAGAUGGAUUUAGAUACAAAAGAUACUCAGAUGAUAAAGACGAUUCUGACCCCUAUGAGUAUGUAAAACGUCGAUCUCAACAACUGAACAACAAGAAGUCGAACGACGAAGAUGAUUUCAGCCAUUUGUUUCAGUACGAUCCAAGUUUCGACACCGAAUCAAAAAGUUACUCUGAGCAACAAUCCGAAGAAGUCAAAAAAAAUCCUGAGAAUUGUAAAAAGGUUGAUAAGGAUGGUAUGACGUGCACUAUCUGCAAAAAUUCUAAAACUGGUGGUAACUUUGAACAAUGUUCCUACACAUCCGAACCAAAAGAUCAAAAAUAUGCGUAUGUAACAAAUAAAAAAUAUAAUAGUAAUGACGAACAACCAGAAGAAGAAGAGACGAAAACUGUCGAAUUGAAAUCAAAAAAAUCAUCUGACAAAAAUAUUAAACCUGCAUCUGAAUUUGGUAAGAAAUUAGACAGAAAAGUUGAGCCAGUCGAACAUUAUGAAGGUCGCAUUAAGAGUAAUACGAGGCCUGAAAGGAACGACCGUUUCUCUAAAAGAAGAGGAGAAGAGACAAAAGACAAUUUGAAAGAUAAAAACUAUCGCGUAUCUGAGACUAAACAAGUUCCUAACAGGAGAGUUUCAUCAGACAACUCAAAGGAAAGUACCUCCGAUGAUUACAGUAUACCUCAACACUUUAUAGAUAAUUCUAGAGGCCAAGAAGCACCUGAGAAUGAUGAUGGUUACUACACCGAAGAUGAGAAAGCUGAAACUAAGGAAAAACAAGACGAUUUUAUUGCAUUUGAUGACUUUCACCAUAAACUGUUCCCCGAAAGUGAAGAAUCGAAAAAACAAGAGCAACAAGCCGAAUACACCUCAGCUAACUCCAAACAUGAUGUAGAGGAGGUUUUGGCUGAAUUUUCUAAAAAAGAUAGAUCUAACUGCAAAAAGGCGGAGAAAAAAGGCAUGACCUGCUAUUUGUGUGUGGAUAAACAUAAUAUUCAACACGAGGAAUGCAUGUACGUGUCUGAGCCACAAAAAUCUCAUAAAGCUUAUCAUGAGGUUCAAAAACUGAACAAACCUAAUCAAGCUGAUGAAGAAGAGUCCGAGUCAAAGCAAACCAUAACUGCUACUCAGGCUCCAGUAAUUAAAAAGAAGAAGGUUUUUAAGAAAGUGACAAAACAAAUUCCAAAACUGGACGAAGCAGCUUCUCAAAUUCAUGGAUCUUAUGUAAAGUACAAUCCUAAAUCUCAAAAAAGUGCCGAAAGUAGAGAUGAGCAAGUAGGAGUUGAGACUCAAAGGGUAUACAGCAAAACUUUGGGCUUGACUUUGCCUAAAUAUAUGGUUGAGAAGUCUGAGUACGAAAGAGAAUUUGAUGCAGCUUCGAGUUUCCACUGAUCAAUU